CCACUACAAGUUGUUUGUAAACAAAACAAUUGCUUGCCAUUGCUUGUCUAGACCAAAACCUCACUCUUUCAGCUAGCUAACAGGCCAUGGCUGGCAUCGACGCUCUUCUCAUCGCUCAAGAUGCAGAAGACUUCGUUCCCAGCUCCAGCUCCAAGAAGCGGCGCCUUCAAGACCCCGAAGAGCUAAAGCGACGUCUGGAAGAUGAGCUGCUGAUGCCCUCCCCCCAGUUCUCUGACGAAUGGCUGGAUCGUCUUCAGCAGAGAUGGGACUUUGAGACGGACUAUACGUCUCUAUUCAAGAUUGCACCACCACAGACCCGAACCCUGACGAGGUUCUUGCGGCACGGGCUUGAAGGCCGCGUUACGGGAUACAAGAACGUGACGGUUCCCAUCAGUGGCGCCACUGCAAAGAACUCGACUAGUCUUCUCCGCAAACCGGCCAACAGGGCCGACUUUGUCAGAGGUGCUGCUGGAUUCUUUCCCUUUGCCCCUGGUGGACUGGAGGGCAUCGAGGCCACGGCAGCCUUGGAGGAUCAGAUUCACGCGGGACCUGCUGUUAUCGAUGAUGCUGCUGGUGGAAACAAGCUGGAGAGGGUGAUUCAGCUUGGCAGCGAGGGAGGAUUGCUGCAAACCGCACCUGGAAUGGCUCGGGGCAUCGAUUUCGGCAUCAAGAAGGUAGACAAGGAUGCGGACGCCGCUGAAGCAAUCAAGCAGGAGCUUGGAGAGGCCCCAGAAGAGGCUACAGUUGCCAACGCCGAGGACGAGGACUCAUCGCCGCCUAAUGGCGCAUCUGGAGACUCGCUAGAGGACGAAGAGGAAGAUGGAGAUGACAUCGACGACUUGCUGCCCGUGGAGUUUCCAUCUCUCGAGCCACAUGGAACUCUCGCAGCCUCUAGCGCCAAACGGGCUGGUCGAGAAUGGGCACACAUGGUCGAUAUCAAGCACGACAUGCCCAACUUUAGAGAGCUUGUCCCUGACAUGGCUCGAGAAUGGCCCUUUGAGCUGGACACGUUCCAAAAGGAAGCCGUGUAUCAUCUUGAAAACGGUGACUCGGUCUUUGUUGCGGCUCACACGUCUGCUGGCAAGACUGUCGUGGCCGAAUACGCCAUUGCCCUGGCGGCCAAGCACAUGACAAAGGCCAUCUAUACAUCGCCGAUCAAGGCCCUCAGCAACCAAAAGUUCCGCGACUUUAGGCAGGAAUUCGACGAGGUGGGCAUUCUGACGGGCGAUGUGCAGAUCAACCCCGAGGCCAGCUGCCUCAUCAUGACGACGGAGAUUCUGCGCAGCAUGCUGUAUCGCGGAGCAGACCUGAUCCGUGACGUCGAGUUUGUCAUCUUUGACGAGGUCCACUACGUAAACGACUAUGAACGUGGAGUUGUGUGGGAAGAAGUCAUCAUCAUGCUGCCAGAGCACAUUUCGCUCAUCUUGCUGUCGGCUACUGUUCCCAACACGCACGAGUUUGCCUCUUGGGUUGGUAGAACCAAGCAGAGGGACAUCUAUGUCAUUUCUACAGCCAAGAGGCCGGUGCCUCUGGAACACUAUCUCUGGGCCGGCAAGGAUAUUCACAAGAUUGUGGAUUCGGACAAGAAAUUCCUCGAGACUGGCUGGAAAGACGCAAACAGGGCUACGCAGAGUAAAGAUAAGCCACCGGCGGCUGGCAAUACGCUCGCCAUUAGAGGAGGCUCUCAAGGCAACCAGAGAGGCGGAAGAGGUGGCAGCAACCAGAGAGGCGGCCCGCAACAACGAGGAGGCCGAGGCGGCGGUGGUGGUGGUGGUGGCCAGCAGAGAGGACGAGGAGGACCACCGCGAGCCAGCCACAACCCUGGACAUAUGGGACGGGCCGGAAAUCCUGGUGGACGGUCGACUGCUGCCCAGGACAAGAACUUGUGGGUUCACUUGGUUCAGUUCCUAAAGAAACAGACCCUCCUGCCGGCGUGUAUCUUUGUCUUUUCCAAGAAACGAUGUGAGGAAAAUGCCGAUGCUCUAAGCAACCAAGAUUUCUGCACGGCUACUGAAAAGAGCGCCAUCCACAUGGUGAUUGAAAAGUCAAUCGCCCGUCUAAAGCCCGAGGAUCGAGUCCUUCCCCAAAUCAUCAGGCUGCGUGAGCUUCUUAGCAGGGGCAUCGCGGUGCAUCACGGUGGUCUGCUUCCCAUUGUGAAGGAGCUGGUGGAGAUUCUAUUCGCCAGGACCCUCGUCAAGGUCUUGUUUGCUACUGAGACUUUUGCCAUGGGACUCAACUUGCCCACCAGAACCGUCGUGUUUUCCGGAUACCGCAAGCAUGACGGCCAUUCGUUCCGCAAUCUUCUGCCUGGUGAAUACACGCAGAUGGCUGGUCGAGCUGGUCGUCGAGGUCUGGACAAGGUCGGCUCGGUCAUUAUUGUGCCACCAGGCGGAGACGAUGCUCCUCCGGUUGCUGAGCUGCGCAACAUGAUUCUGGGAGAGCCUUCCAAGCUCAGAUCUCAGUUUAGGCUGACGUACAACAUGAUUCUCAACUUGCUGAGAGUAGAGGCGCUGAAGAUUGAGGAGAUGAUCAAGAGAAGCUUUUCGGAGCAUGCGACUCAACAGCUGCUGCCGGAGCACGAGAAAGACGUCAAGCUGGCUCAGGCCGAUCUUGCCAAAGUCAAGAGAGAGGCUUGCACCAUUUGCGAUGGCGUGGUGGACGAGUGCCACCAGGCUGCCCAGGACUACAAGAGGCUGACGACGGAGCUAUACAAAAACCUGCUAAGGAUUUCAAUCGGACGAAGGAUGUUCACGCCACAGAGGCUCAUCAUCUUCAACUGGGAGGGAAUCCGCACCGCUGGCAUACUUCUGGCUGAGGGCAUGAGUCCUAAGGGCACUUUCGAUGACCCCAUCCUGCACGUCUGCGCCAUCAAGCCCCUGAGGGAGCGCCGCGACGCAACAGACCAGCUCCCCUUUAUCCCAGCCUUCCGCAAGUACCUCACAAGACUGCCCCAGGGCAAGAAGCGACUGGCAACUAAGAACAUGUUUGUCCCCCUGAGCGACGUCGAGUGCCUCACGCGGUGGGUGCUGAAGGGCGUGGUGCCCGAGAUAUUCAAGGGCGGCAGCGGCGCCGAGGACGCGCGGGACAAGAUUCAGGAGAUUUGCGCGAAUUGGGACGACCGGUGGGACGAGAUGGACAUGGGCAAGGUGAAGAGCUUGCAGCUGCAGGAGAUGAUGGAGAAGAGGGUGCAGUUGUCCAAGACGAUGGCGAAUUCUGCAGCGGUGAAGUGCCCGUCGUUUUUAAAGCAUUUUGCCAUGUGUCAUGACGAGUGGCUCAUCAAGGAGCACAUUGCCCAACUAAAGCAGUCUCUGUCUGACCAGAACCUCCAACUGCUCCCCGACUACGAGCAGCGUGUCCAAGCCCUCAAAGAGCUCGACUUUAUCGACGAUGCAACCCGCAUCCAGCUAAAGGGCAAAGUUGCCUGUGAAGUCCAUUCCGGGGACGAGCUCGUCCUCACCGAGCUCAUCCUCGACAACGUCCUGGCCGACUUUGAGCCCGCCGAAAUCGCCGCCCUCUUGUCUUCGUUCGUCUUCCAAGAAAAGACCGACAUCGAGCCCACCCUGACAGGCAACCUCGAGCGCGGCCGCGACACCAUCAUUGCUAUAUCCGAAAAGGUCAACGACGUGCAGACGCGCCUGCAGGUGAUCCAGUCGAGCGAGGACUCCAACGACUUCACGUCUCGCCCUCGCUUUGGCCUGAUGGAAGUCGUGUACGAGUGGGCGCGGGGCAUGAGCUUCAAGAACAUCACGGCGCUGACGGACGUGCUGGAGGGCACGAUUGUGCGGACGAUUACGAGGCUGGACGAGACGUGCCGGGAGGUGAAGAAUGCGGCGAGGAUCAUUGGCGAUCCGGAGCUGUAUCAGAAGAUGCAGACGGCGCAGGAGAUGAUUAAGAGGGAUAUCACGGCGGUGGCGAGUUUAUACAUGUGAAGUGGAUGAGAUGGAGGGAUGGUUGGAUGGAUGGGAAUUACCAUGUUCUUUUGCUUUGUGAGCUGGGGUUGAAGAUGACGAUAAAUGCUUGGUAUUGGGUUUUUAUUUUGAUGAUGAUGAUGAGAAACAAAGAUUUCUAGAUGGCUGCUUGGUAUGUAUUUGUAUAGCCGAAGAUGGAAAAAUAGACACUCCUCCAGAAGGGAAGAUGUGAAGCUAAUAUGUGCCCAUGGGCGUAUAAUUUCACGAUUUCUAUCAAGUCCCCAUGAGGCUUUUAUAUAAACAUCACUUAUAAUCUCCAUCUCAGUAUCUGAAAAAGAAAAGAUGAA